AUGGGCCCUCCACGCUCCCCGGUCGACGCCCACUGCCGCUGGGACGUAGACGAUGCCGGUUCCGGCCUCCAGCGCGCGGCCGCUACGUUGCAGGCAGAGCUGCUGGAGCAGGCGGCGCGCCAGGUGGUGGGCACCUCUCCGGCUUCGCAAAGAGAGCUGUCCGACGCGCUAGACGAGGCGAGUUUGCGCGGCCGCUUGGCGCUGGACAGCCCUGCCGUCCGGGCCGCAGUGCUGUCGGAGACUUUGCCCGGCGCCUCCGGCUUCCUGACGGCCAUACCCAGCAAGGCCAUGAAGCCCAGCAUGGAGCCAGCCGAAUUCCGCUCCGAGGUACAGUGCCGUCUGGCCGCGGAGGUCUUUCAGGAGGAGGGUUACUGCCCCCUGGGCGACAGCGUGCUAGACGUGCACGGUUUCCAUUGCUCGGUCUGCACUUGCGGCGGGGACAAGAGCGCGGCGCAGCACGCGGCCCGGAACUUGACGUACUUCUACGCCGCUUCCGCGGGGUGCAGGCCGGACCUGGAAAGGGCCGCCGUGGACCUGGCCAUCACGUCGCCGCAGCGGCAGGCUGCCCUCCAGCGGGCGAGCGAGGUCGCCGGGUCGGCAGCGCAGCUCUACGAGGACUACUGGCGGACCGACCUCAACACGGAGGCGCAGUGCUCCCAGCAGGGGAUCGCCUUCGUGCCAAUGGUCGCCGAACGUUCCGGAGGCUGGGGGGCCUCGGGCAUCCAAGUUCUGCAGCAGCUCGCGCGCAAAGCUCAGGCCAGAGAUGGCAAGGCGGCGAGCCUGCACAUGCAGGAGUACUUGGAAGGUUUGAACGUCGCCGUUCGGCGGGCCAACGCCCAGGCGGUGCUAAAGCGGGCCCCGGGCACGGCGACCGUCGCCCCUGGGGCUGCUGAUGCGGCCAGGGCCCUGCUCCAUUCAUAG